ACUAGUUGUCGCUGCUGCCCUGUUGCGGCGACGACUCCGUGACUCCUAGUCCCUACCCAGAUCGGCGCCCGACGCAAGGCCGAGCAGGCGAUGGCCGCAGCGGCGUCAAUGGGGCACCCUUACGCGCCAGCCGAGCUGGACCUUCCGGGUUUCGUGCCGCUGAAGCUGUCCCAGGUCGAGAUCCUCGUGUCCUACCUCGGCGCCUCCGUCUUCGUUUUCCUCGCCGUCUGGCUCGUCUCCGGAAGAUGUGUCAGAUUAUCCAAGACCGACCGUCUGCUCAUGUGCUGGUGGGCAUUCACAGGGUUGACCCACAUAAUGAUCGAGGGGCCCUUCGUCUUCACUCCUGAUUUCUUCAAGAAGGAGAACCCCAAUUUCUUUGAUGAAGUUUGGAAAGAGUAUAGUAAGGGAGACUCUAGGUAUGUUGCUAGGGACACUGCAACUGUUACGGUCGAAGGGAUCACCGCUGUAUUGGAAGGCCCUGCAUCACUACUUGCUGUCUACGCUAUUGCAUCCAGGAAGUCCUUCAGCCACAUUCUCCAGUUCGCCGUCUGUCUGGGCCAGCUCUACGGAUGCCUGGUUUACUUCAUCACCGCGUACUUGGACGGCUUCAACUUCUGGGUCGGCCCGUUCUACUUCUGGGCGUAUUUCAUUGGCGCAAACAGCUUCUGGAUCUGGAUACCGAUGCUCAUCGCCAUAAGGUCCUGGAAGAAAACUUGCGCCGCGUUUCAAGCUGAGAAGGUGAAGAAGACCAAAUAAAAGCUGUCUUUAGCUACCGUUUUAUUGGAGACCGUCAUUUUGAUGGCUUAAAUUCUUGUGUUGGUUGGUACUGGAAACUGCAUGAUGUACUCUUUGCUCAAACAAAUGAAGACCGGUUUACAAAUUCAAGGAA